CACGCGUCCUCCAACCGCACCGAUAUCUUCCUCUCGCUAGGGUAAGGGAGGAGCGGCGAUCCGUCGGCGGCGGCGAGGAGGAGGGCGGUGGAGCAGCAUGGCCGACGUGCAGGGCGACGAGUCGGGCCUGGAGGACGACCCGUUUCCCGAGGAAGGGCCUGUGGAUCGGGAAGAGGGAGGUGAAGGAGAUAUCGGCGGCGGCGGCGGCGACGACGACGACGAGGAGGAGGACGUCGACGGCCUCGCCAGCUUCCUCGAAUCGGAGAUACUGUCCGGAUCCAGCGCGGAGGAUGCUAUCGAUCAGAAUCAGGAGGAGGAGGACGAAGGUGAUGUUGCGAAGAAUAAGCGGAAGCAGGAAUCGGGAUCGGACGGAGAUGGUGGUAACGUUAGUGGCAGCGAGGGGGAGCUGAACAAGAGGAUGAGGAUGGAGGAGAGGAGAAGGCAGGCGAAAGGGAAAGCCGUGGCGCCUCAGAUCGACACGGGCAUGUUCAGCAGUAUACCGCCGGAGCUGUUCCUGCAGAUCUUCAAGUUCCUCUCCUCCGAGGACCUCAUCUCCUGCGCGCUAGUUUGCCGCUUCAUGAAUGCUGCCGCGUCCGACGAGACCCUCUGGCGCCGCCUGUAUUGCAUGAGGUGGGGACUGGCCUCCAAUGCCAAAUUCAGGGAGUGCGCAUGGAAGAACCUCUACAUACAGCGAGAUAGAGAGGAUAUGGUUGAAUUUGUGAGGAAUACCCCUACAGAGUUCAGGGAGUACUAUAUUCAGAUGCAGGCAUCAAAAAGGAGUCAAGCUCCCCUUCCUUCAGAAGUCAACGAUGACAAGGUUAUCCUUGAUAAAACCAUAGCUGAUCAGGUGUCUACCUGGAAAAGCAGCAGAGGGCUUACAGAUGAAUCAGUCAAGGGGCACUCUUGUUCUGGAAAUACAUGCUCUUACACCCAGAUUGGUGAUGCUUACAUUUUUUGUGAUGAUGCUUGUCGUGAAUUUGUCUUGGACCAAUCUAGUGGGCUGCUUCUUUGUACGAUAUCUGGGCACUGCUUUGAGAGGUGGCUGUGUCCUGAUGAUGAAUGGGACGCUGAUGAUAAUGAUCAGCAACAAGGUGGUGUUGCUGAUGAACCAGAGCCGUUCAUGGGAUCUGGACGAUUCGCCCGGGCGAUUAUGUUGGGUUACAACUGCAGUGAUGAGAAGGAACUCGAGCAUGCCUUGCGUUUCUGUUGACAUGCCUUGCAUUUCUGCCAGAAUGUCCUUCAACUCUUGCUAAAUGAGAUCAAGCUUCUACUUGUGAAGAGGAAAUAAGCAUAAUGUACCUCUGUGUGUUAUCAUAUUCACCUUCUAGAAUGUAUCUAAGACUUUUGGAGCUAGAUUGCUGAUCUGUAUUGAUCAGUUGAGGGAGCUGUAAUGUUGUUGUAUAGUUUCCCAAGCUGUCGAGAUGUAUGCCUGUAAUAAAAUAAUAGUUGCAAUAAUGAGCCUUUUGUUUGUAUGGUGUUGGUAUAUCGGCAGAUGCUUGAGAGAUACUGGGACCUCAUGAGUUU